UGCAUCGACGCAAACCAAACCCCCAACCUCAUAUAUCGUCUUAUACAACCAUGCUGUCCAUGCAUUCCACAUCCAAGGUUCAGCUCUGGGCGCCAUGACUCUGUCAUGCCUUCUUACUCCUGCUACACCGUUGAUCCACCUGCGACGAAACGGGACCAGAAUUAGCAGGCCGGGGUGUGCUUCCAGGUCAUCCUACUGCAAAGGUGCAGAGACGAGGAGAAGAAAUGGCGGUAGACUACGUGUAAAGGCUCUGUUCGGCGAUGGAGGAGACGGGUUCCGGGCGAUGAUGAGGAUCGUGAAGCUCAACUCUGCCAUCCAGAACCGGAGCAUCAAGGAGCUGCUGGAGCUGAUCACCGAGGAGUGCCAGUAUUUCUUCAGCAACCUUCCGCCCGUCAGUAUUUCGCAGAUAAGCAAGAACAUGUUCCUGCUUCUACAUGAGAUGAUGCUCCGGCACCAGGUCUCGUUCGUGCUCAAGCCCACGGAGAACGGAGGCUUUGACCUGGGCAUCAAAUGGUCUCUAGAAUGGAAGGGCGAGAAGCUGCCUUGGGACGUAGACUGCGCUGUAUCCACGACCCACGUCUACACAGGCCUGCUGCUCAUCAGCCAAGUGAAUAAGGCCUGCACGCCACUUCUACAAAAGAUUCUUCAGAUGAUUUACCAGAAUUUGGAUGCUGUAAUUUUGAUUGUGGCAAACAAGUUUCUACCGGAAGGCAAGGUGGAAGAUAAGGAGAGAAGCAACAUAAUUGUCUGCGCCAUCAUUGGCCUGGUGGUCAUGGUCCUGUUCUACGCCAUGUUUAACAACUUGUAGGUUCAUUAGGGCAGCAAGAUCGCAUUGGUGUUCUAAAGAAUUCUGAAGUAAAGACAGCAGAAUCUGUUGUAAGUUGUCAGCACUAGACGAAGUACCAGUGACAUGACACAAUGCUAGUGCUAUGAUGAUGCAACAUGGUUAUUGCUUGGCCACAGAAAACAGCAUAUCUCCAUUAUCCGUGCAUGUAAUCCAGAGGGGAUUAGUUGCAAAAGAAGUGAAGAGAAAGGGCAACCAUCAUGAAUAGGAUGAACUAGAGCCACAAUUGAGAAAGAACUGGAGCAGGUCAUUAGCAUUUCGAUAGUGAUCUAAAAUAUAUAAGCAUGCAUUACCUACAACAUUACAAUGUCAGACAGAUCUUCUUUAACAGGAAAUGUAACAUGUUUUCUGGGUAAAAAGGAGAAAGCUACUUCUUACCACAAAGAGCAUCUAUGGUUGCUGAACUUACAUCAAAGUUAAUCAGCUUUCGCUUUCUUUUA